AUGGGCACGGCCCAGUGGUUGCUGGGGCUGUGGGUGGCAGCGGCGCUGGCGCUGGGUGUGACGCGGGGCUGCCUGCAGUGUGACCCUGGCUUCACCACCCACUUCACCACCUACAAGCCCCGCUUCAGCCUGUGGCCCUGGGGGCUGGGCGGCAGGUCGGCGGUGACCAAGCUGCUGCAGACCUGGCCCGGUGACACGCUGCAGGAGCUGGAACUCAGGAUCCCCGCCGAGAUACCUAUGAAUUGCCUGCAUCAUAUUGCAGUCAGGGUGUAUGAGAGACUUGACAAGCUGCUGCAGAGCAAGCGGCACUCAAAAGCUGUUCUCCUUAAAGAUCUCCGCUCCAUUUUUCGGGAGCAGGUCCAGAUGCUGCGGAAGGCCAUAGUCGAAAGCAGAAUGAAGUGUGAGCGGCACUGCGGAAUUGCCCAGUAUGACACGGUCUCGUGCACAACCUGCGACUUCUCCUCAACGCCCUGCUUUGGAUAUAACUGCGAGUCAUCAGAGGAGUGGGAAGAGGCUCUGAAAGGCCUUUUUGCCUACAUAAAAAAUAUCCCUACGAAAUCAGAAGACUGGGCCGUUACCUUGAGACGAAUCCCUGGCUUCCACAACUGCUCAUCCACCAGCCCAGCAAUGCUCAACUUUGAAAGGAUAAAUGCCACCAUGUCCGAGACCUGGCACACCAUGCUUGAGAACAGCACUGAAGGACAGCAAAUGGACAGGAGUCUCCCAGAAAGAAAAAUUGACUGCUGAGCCACUUUUCUAUUACAUGCACAGAGCCUGGUGUCCAGUAAAAUUAAAUACCUAGGUAAAGAGAUGUUUGGGAAGGAAAUGA